CAUUGUCUUCAACAAAAACAUAACACAUUUCAAGCAUUGGAUUAAUCAAAGACAAAGAAAACGAAAAUGUUGGCAAUAUUUCAGAAAGCUUUUGCUCACCCACCGGAAGAACUCAACAGUCCGGCUUCUCAUUUCUCCGGCAAAACUCCUAAACUUCCCGGCGAAACUCUCUCCGACUUCCUCUCUCAUCACCAAAACAAUGCUUUCUCUAUGAACUUCGGCGACUCCGCCGUCUUAGCUUACGCUCGCCAAGAAACCUCUCUUCGUCAAAGGUUGUUCUGUGGACUAGAUGGGAUCUACUGUAUGUUUCUAGGGAGAUUGAAUAAUCUCUGUACAUUGAAUCGACAAUACGGUUUAUCUGGGAAGAACUCAAACGAGGCAAUGUUUGUGAUCGAAGCUUAUCGAACACUUCGUGAUCGUGGUCCUUACCCAGCAGAUCAAGUUCUUAGAGGUCUUGAGGGAAGCUUCGCUUUCGUUGUCUACGAUACUCAAACUUCCUCUGUUUUCUCAGCUCUGAGUUCUGAUGGAGGAGAGAGUCUUUACUGGGGAAUUUCUGGAGACGGAUCUGUUGUAAUGUCUGAUGAUAUUCAGAUCAUAAAGCAAGGCUGUGCUAAAUCGUUUGCUCCUUUCCCUAAUGGUAAACCAAAACUUAAGUUUUUCAUUAGCCCUAUAAAGAAAGAAACAUACUUUUGAGUUUAGAUCUUGAUGUGUGUUUUGUGUUUUUGUUAUUGCAGGAUGUAUGUUUCAUAGUGAGACAGGGCUUAAGAGCUUUGACCAUCCGACUAAUAUGAUGAAGGCAAUGCCGAGGAUUGAUAGUGAAGGUGUUCUUUGUGGAGCUAGUUUCAAAGUUGAUGCUUGUUCUAAGAUCAAUAGUAUCCCUAGAAGAGGAAGUGAAGCUAACUGGGCGCUGGCUAAUUCUCGUUGAUUUUGCUUCUAGUUUCGUUAACUCUUGCUUCUUUGUUGCGUUUUCUUUUUAUGUACUCUUGUUUAUGUAAAUAUAGCCUUAUGAAGACGAUAAAGAAAUAAAAUUGAUUUGCUUCUUCGUGACAUA